AAGGGAACAGAGGUGCCCUGUUUCAAAUUUCGAAACAGAAAUGAGCUGAGAAUCAGCUACGAUGUUGAGUCGUCUUUCGGCCGUGGUGGCCUCCAUUUUGGUUCACCAGCUACACGUUUUGUGGGCCGCCACUUCAUUAGGUGCUAAGCCGUUUCCCGGACUGGAAAACCUGCCCAAAUCGUUCUGGGAUGAGCUCAGUUCGCCUUUUACCGAGGUAUACGAGGUGGAAAGUUUUGCGACAGAAACUAGCGGCACGCCCGAGCCAAGACCCUUUUUCGAAGAUCCAGAAAGCAACAUAACCGUGCAACUCGGUGCCAAAGUGUACAUGCAUUGCAGGGUGCAGAACCUGCAGGAUCCUCUCAAAGUGUCCUGGGUUCGCAGACGAGGCGAGGAGCUUCACUUGCUCACCUACGGUCCGGACACAUACUCAAACGACGCCAGGUUCUCGUUGGAGUUUGAGAAGCCGAAUGAUUGGCGGUUGCUUUUGAGCACGGUGACCGAACGAGACGGUGGCCUGUACGAGUGUCAAGUCAGUGCUCAUCCUCCAUUAGUCAGAACUGUCCAUCUGACGGUAUCAGUACCGAGGGUAGAAAUUGUGGAUGAACACGGCGCGACGGCAGGUGACAAAUUCUACAAAGCGGGCAGCACGAUAGAAUUGAAGUGUGUGGUCAGCAAUAUACCGCAACCCACCGGGUACGUUACGUGGCGGCACGGAUCCCGAACGCUAAAUUACGACAUCACUCGUGGAGGAAUCAGUGUGAAGACGGACAUGGGCACCAGCGGUGCGACAUCCAGGCUCUACAUUGCGAACGCGAACAAAAAGGACAGCGGAAACUAUAGUUGCGCCCUAGCUGAUGUGGCCGCUGCUACCACGGUUUCCGUCCACGUUUUAAAUGGCGAGAAUCCAGCUGCCAUGCAACACGGCGGAGUAUCAAAUCAAAGAGCAGCCUUGCUCAUCGUCGUUCUCUUAACACUAUUAUCAUCGUUUCUGAGGUGACCGUGAUGACCCGAUCAUUCCACGGGCCUGCAAUUCGAAUGGUGCUAAAAGUUUCCUCGUUAAAGAUGAAUACAUACCGAGAAAACUGAAGGAAACGAUCAGCUUUCGGGCCCAUAUCCCCCCGGUGGCGAGCAUUUCAACGACCGAACGCACUUUUGUGCUCGGUAUCAAACAUUUGUACCGAACCAGACGAACAAACAGAAACAUUUUCUCUCGACCAUACACGGAAACGUUCUGAACACGAACGAAACGGUACGUAUGCUUCUACAAAAUCGUUGUGUUCGACGAAGAAGCUUCCCUUUUUCAUUGAAAACAUCGAAGUAUACGGAAAAAUUCUUUCGAGACGGAUAACAAAGUUUCUCGUCGAUCAAGAUCAAUUUUCAUUGGUCACUUUUAAACGUACCGCUCGGAACUUCCGCUUUCAUCGUGUUACAACAUUGUACACACAUCAGUUUUUAGAAAUCGUCGAGGACGUUUCUGAGGAAAGGGACAUAAGCUAAAAAUGACGAAUUCAGUGAAUCGUGUUAGUGAUCUUAGCUUUAGUUUUUCUAAUAUAUUGCUACGUUUGAAUUGUUAAUGUUGUUAUUCCCAUGAAGUAUAUAUAGAUAUAUAUGACAGUUAGUUGAAGACGAUUUACUGAGAAAGGGCCCAUAGAUCUAUGUAUAAAUGUUCUUUUCCAGAAACGUCCUCGAUUCCUGACUGGUCGAUGGUAAACACGAAACAGAAGGAGGGACAUGAAUUAUUUAUUGAUAUUUGUUGAUAAGUAAGAUCGAGGCGGGAAGGAUCGAAUGAGAAUCACCGUGAUUUUUUGUUCGAGCAUAUUAACAUAUCAAUUGAUGUCUGAGUAAGAACUCAUGAUUCUUUCUCUUUAUUUUAAUCGAUGAAGAUGAAAAUAUUUUUUUUUAUUUUUCAGUAGUAUUUGUCAAACUUUAAAUAUGAAUUUGAUGUACCAUAAGUCUUAUAUCAUGAGAUUAUGUUAAGAAAUCAUCUUCGAUGACCGAUGAUAAAAAUUUUUUCAUUCAAAAUUCGUAACAAUGAACGUGUCAAUAAAAAGCAGUUCCUAAAUGAAAACUUAGCGGGUGGUAGGGCGAUCAAACUACAAACUACUAUGUAUAGUAAUAUGACGUGAUGGUCGUGAAAAUUCAUCAUCGUAAGUCAGAUUAGGUGGACAGGUGGGUAGAACCGUGUUAUCUUUCACCAGUGGGGUAGGCCACACGGAUGAAGGUAGGAAAGGGAUGAAAACUGAAAUUCAUCGAGGCUGGGGUUGAAAAAGCGAUUAGCACACGCGAUUGGUACGUCAUAGGGUGGGCGGAUGUGGAUUGAACAGGAUCGAUCGGCCGUGUAUCCGGCGUUUAUACAAGCACGUUUGGCCAGUCGUAGCCGGGCCCGGUGACCGAUGCAAAAAUCAUUGUCCUCCCAACGGUCUGGUAAUCAAAGUGUUUAAAUUUGUAGUGGCGAAGGGAAGGGAAUACAAAUUUGCAUACUGCUGUAUACGAUAAACAGUGAAGGGCGAUGGAGGGGAAGGAGGUUGGCAGGAAGUGAUUUCGAGAUUUUAUGAGCGGUCAUUGUCUGCGUGGCUGAGUGCUCCCGGCGUUGUAGGAACUCGCUUACUGCUUUAUACGUGUCGCGUAAUAAUUUCGACCGGUCCUGCCCGACCAUUAUUCGACGCUUCAACUUUUCACGACCAGCCCCGUGUUUGACGUUGUUUGGGUUUCUAAUUAUCCGUCGGAAAAAUUCUUUUGUUUCCUUUGGCCGACCCUGCGUCGCUUUGUAUUUUAUUUUCCUUCGAAAGGAACAAGUCUACCGUUAGAGGAUACGUGAAAUGCCUAACGCGAUUUCAUUAGAUAAAAGUUAAAUGACGUUUCCGUUGUAACAAGUGUAGUAACUGUGACAGAGAGAAGAGAGAGAUAUAUAUAAAAUUUGAAUUUAAAUUUUAAUGGAAAUGACUAUGGAGAUCCUUCGUUAAUAUUCUUGCAAUUAGCUUAAAAUGGCUGAAUGUAAAGCUUUUUAUAAAGGAUAGAAAUAUUCACCUACAAAAAGAAACAUUUCAUUUUUCAUGGUGUUCUCUUAUCCCCAUAAGCCGUUGUCCGCCCAGAAACGAUCCACGCGAACGAUGAAAUCGAAACAACAAAGGGCCAUUUCUGUUGAAUAAUUACAAGCCCGUUUUUUAAAUUACAUAUCGCGUCCCUUUUUGUUUGCCGAGCACACGCCCGUUCGGAUUUUCAAUCAUCCAAACGAAACACGAAUAGCAAAAAGAAAAUAAACGAGAGAAAAAAAGAACGCUGCUACUAAAACGUCAUAGCAAUUUUCAUUUCUCGUUUCGCGUCCCCUAUUCUCCCCACACGCGUAAUCUGUUUUUCUAGGGGGGGAAAAAAGUAUCAAAAAUGCAACGAGAGAGUUGGAAAUCGCGCUUUCGUUUCAUUUCCCUGCUCGUUUCUCUAUUUGUACAUACAGUUCUUUUUGACUAGGGAUGCUGCUAUCCAAAAUGAUAUACAAAAUUUCUUCUCUUAGAGUUGUGACAUUUUUUAUGCCCUUCUAAUUUGCACAGAACUGAAUUAUUUUCAGUUGUAACAUUAUUUAUGAUUCAUUUGUAUGCGUCAAAUGACUGGUCGCGAACCGCAUGGAAUACAUAAUAGGUUUUCAAUUUUUGCCCACUGAUUUAUAACAUUGUUGAUAGCAGCAUCUCUGCAAGUGUCCUAAGAUCUUCACUUGAAAACGCACAAUCACAGACGGAAUCGAGCGUGACACGGGUAAGAAUCGAUCACGAAAUGGAAAUCGACGAUAGAUUCGACUCGGAACGGUUAAACGGCUCGUGACGAUAACGUAGAGAUAGUUGAGUGUAAAUCAGAUGUUCCUGGCUGCUGGGUAGCCAGCUUGUAUAACACGAUAAUUUAGCUGAGGCAUUAUUGCACACGGGCAGGUGCAAAAUAUUUCACCAAGUCGAAUUCCCGUGUACCGGUGCACAAAAACCGCAUAUACGUGUAAUCAAUGCCCAUGAUAAAUUUGAUUAUCAGCUGGACCGUGUAGAAGUAUUUCGAAAAUCGUCAAAUACCCAGCUUUUCAGAAACUCAAAUUCUCUAUGUUCUUUCUUUUCAAAGAAAAAUUGCAGUGGAAAUAAAUACGGCUGUAAGUUUUAUUUUGUACGUUUUAUUUUUCAAUGCAAUUAGUAUAAUUUAAUAAUGCAAUAGUCUAUUUCUUUGGUACUUCAAGUGACAUAUUUGAUUUAAUACCAUGAUUAAUAUUAAAAUUUGUUUAUAUUUUAAAAAGUUGUCCUUUCUCUCUUCUUACUUACUUACUUACUAUCAAUUUAUAUUUCUCGAAGAGCGAAAUGUUGUCAACUACUGGAAUUUGAAACAAGUUACAUUUGCGAAUUAAUAGUAAACACUCGAUAGCUGAGCUUCCACGAUAAGAAACGUCCAUAAGAGGCUGAAACAGAAAAGUGGUCUGGAAAGUGCGUGGACGACAAGCUUUUUCAAUUUAAUAUUGUAAAUAGAUUUAAUAAAUUAUUUAGAAAAACAGGUCAUAUCAAUUUGCUUUAAAAUGGCAUAUUGUUUUUAAAUAAUUCAAUUCCUUUUUUUUAGUUUCAUUUAACCAUUUCUGUUCUUAAUUCAAAAAUUUUGUAAAAAGUCAUUUGCAUUCUUUUGGUUCUAAGUGACUCAUUUUUAAUUACAAUUUUGUGCAUCAAAAGAAAAGAUUUAAUCCUAAAUCUAAACCAAAAUUGACGUUUCACUAUAAUAAAAGUUGCUGAGUUUUACGGCUGCAGAAACACAAACUAUGUGAUUCAUAACUACCGACUAGGUACUAAUCCCUGGGAAGCUAAAAUCGAACAUCCGAUUGCUUUUCCAUGUUUGCCUGAACAUUUACUGCGCCUCGGAUGAUUGUGUUUGUUUUACCGAUUGUGUC